UGGUACAGUUCCUUCUUCUAAACAAACAUUCACUAAAAUGAGCUAAAAUGUAGAGCGAAUUAUUUAUAAUGAUUAAAAAUUAAAUUUCAUGUUACAUUCCGGCAAAAAGAUUUGACCAAUCGAAAAAUGAUGUAAUGUGUCGCGAACCUUCAUCAAUCUAUCAACCCAGGAAAAACAAUGCCCCUGAAUAAUGUCUCCAACGAUUCUUCUACUGGCGAAACAUAUCGUCCUCUUGCUGGUCUGCAUCACCGGUGACAAGUUGUCCCUGGUGGUUCAAAAGCCUCACAUCCUGAAGGCGGCUAUCGACAAUGUAACUCACGCACUGAUCGGAUUAAUAGUGACUGAAAUCGUUGUACGCAACUUUCAUGACCAGGUCGGACGAAACGAGAAGUACGCGUUAAUUGGUACGGGUUUCGUCCUUUCAUCCUUGAUUGAUCUGGAUCAUUUCAUCGAGGCAAAAUCCUUCAGUUUGCAUGAUGCAACUAACCUAUCUGAACGACCAUUCCUGCAUAAUUCCUCUAUAUUUUUAGGGCUGUUGGUUUCAAUGAUCGGAACCAUAGCCACCCAAGCUAAGUUUAACGCAUCACUGUGGAUAACAGUGAACUUCAUAGCAUUUUUCACCCAUCAGCUUCGCGAUGCCAUCCGUAGAGGGUUCUGGUUUCGAGCCCCAUAUCUCAACUACAGCACAGCUCCGGUCAUCUAUUGGGUGUAUCUGGCACUGACGCAGCUCUGUCCUCACGCAAUAAUUCAGCUUCUUGACAUGCAGCGAAGUCGAUCGACAUCUCUGGGGGAGUAUAAAACAAAAUAUAAAGCUCUUGAGGUGGUCUGAAUGCUGUCUCUUGUAUGGUUUUUAUUUUGUAUCCAAUUGUGAAAUACAAUUUGUUCCGUUUAUUUUUAAUUCUAAGACAAACAAGUGUAAAGAAUAUAUGAAUAACUUGAAACAAAACAAGAAGCAACUUGAAGAUUGGGAGCACUAGUUACCGUUCAAGUAUUAAAAGGCUGAAAAAUACCUGGGACACCAUUAGCGCUUGACAAUAUAAGUAGGUUACAGUUA